CUGGUCUGUGUCUUCUCUAUGCUGCCUUGGGUGUCCAUCUCUCCACAUCUGUGUCUUCUCUAUGCUGGCCUGUGUGUCCAUCUCUCCAGAGUCCACCCUUCCUUUCACCAUUCUACAGAGACCUUCAGACUGCUUGCAGCAUGGCAAACCCCCAGCUUAUGCAGGGCAUGCAGAAUGACCUCACCUGCCAGCUCUGUCUGGAGCUGUUCCGAUCACCAGUCACACCAGAAUGCGGACACACCUUCUGCCAAAGCUGCUUGGUUGGAGCCCCCAAGGGUCAGGAUCAAAAUGGGUCCACUCUCUGCCCCACCUGCCAGGCCCCAUCCCGUCCUGAGACCCUUCACAUUAAUCGCCAGCUGGAACAUCUUGUCGAAAGCUUCAAACAAGUCCCAAAAGGCCACUGUCUGGAACAUCUGGAUCCACUGAGUGUCUUCUGUGAGCAGGACAAGGAGCUGAUCUGUGGGGUGUGUGCCUCCUUGGGGAAACACAAGGGUCACAACAUCAUCACAGCCGCUGAUGCCCAUGGCAAAAUGAAGAGGCAACUUCCACAGCAGCAGGUCCUCCUCAAGGAAGCCCGCCUACGGAAGGAGAAAACGAUUGCUCUUCUGGAUAGACAGGUGUCUGAAGUUCAGGACACGGUUACCCGCUUUAAAAAGAGUGUGAAGGAUCAGAUAAACAUCAUGCACACUUAUCUCAACAUCAUGGAAACGUCACUGGGCCGAGAAGCCGACAAAGCUGAGCAAAAUGCUACCUCCGCCCUGCUGGGUGAGAGGAAGAGCUUGGCCCAUUAUGUGGAGCAGCUCCACCAGAUGGAGGGAGUACUCAAGGAUGUAGAAGGCCAGGAACAAACUGAAUUCCUCAGGAAAUUCUGUGUGGUAACAGCCAGGCUAAACAAGAUUCUGUCAGAGUCCCCACUUCCAGGGCGUCUGGAUAUCCAGCUCCCCAUUAUCUCUGAUGACUUCAAAUUCCAGGUGUGGAGGAAGAUGUUCCGAGCAUUGAUGCCGGCUCUGGAAAAUCUCACCUUUGACCCUGAGACAGCCCAGCAGAACCUGGUCAUCUCCUCUGAUGGUAAAUCUGUGGAGUGCUCUGACCAAAAGCAGCCCGUGUCUGACGAACCAGCGAGGUUUGACAGGAGCAACUGCUUAGUCAGCAAAGAAAGCUUCACAGAUGGAGAACACUACUGGGAGGUGAUGGUUGAAGACAAGCCAAGGUGGUCCUUGGGCCUCAUCUCCGAAACUGCCAACCGGAAGGGCAAGCUCCAUGCUACCCCUUCCAACGGCUUUUGGAUCUUGGGUUGCAAAGAAGGGAAGAUCUAUGAAGCCCACGCAGAGCAGAAGGAGCCUCGGCUCCUCCGGGUGGAUGGGCGUCCAGAGAAGAUAGGAAUCUACCUGAGCUUCUCUGACGGGGUAGUGUCCUUCUUUGAUUCUGGUGAUGAGGACAAUGUGAAACUCCUCUACACUUUCCAUGAGAAGUUUUCAGGCCGGCUCUACCCAUUUUUUGAUGUCUGCUGGCACGACAAGGGGAAAAAUGGCCAGCCACUGAAGAUCUACGUGCUGUCCACCACUGGUCAGUGAUUGCCACCAAAGCCUUGGAUAUGGGAGAGGUCUCAUCGGUGCACCAACCAUCAAAAAGUGCACGAGUGAUAAUCAAUUAACCUUUAAUUUGAUGAAAAUGUUAUAGCCACAAGUGAAAGUAAACAUUCUAUAGAAUAACUCUGUGAUACUUUGGACAAACGUCAUUCCCUAUAUAUAAGUAAUGCGGAUUUGCUUGGCCCCUGAAUAUAUCGCCAGAACUGUAUGUCAUCUCCUGCACCCCGCAGAUACUCAGUAUCACUGUACAUUGCGGUAUGUUGGCUGCAGCAUCAAGCCGUUUCAUGUGAUUUUUUUUAAAGGUCUCUAAGAGAAAUUCUCACAAAGGUUCAUUUCUAAACCAGAGUGUCCACCAAAUCCACAAAGAAGGUCCAGGCUGAGUUUAGGUGGGAGUUUCCACAGGCAGUGAAUAGGACCUUCAAUUGUAGAUGCACUUGGCAGACCAUCAGGAAUUAUGGUCCACGAGUGACCCUUACUGUGCUCUGUGGUAAGGAUAUCCAUGAAACUCACAAUAAAAUAUCUCACAAUA